AAUCUUGCCAUACUGUUGGCUGACAGGAACCUCCAUCUCUGCUGUGAUGUGACCCAAGGGAUAGUGAACAUAUUGCAAAUGACAGCAAAAGACAUUUAUUCCUAGCCUUCUCUAUAAACAGUAAUGGUUGCAUCGGGCACAUUGGGCUCAAUGGUGCCCGAUGAUGACCCCCCUCCCCCCGUCUUUCAUACUGCAGGGUUUUAUUUGAUCCCACAAAGGACCCACAAAAUUGCUCCAUCAACGCCUUGAGCUGAAUCCUUAUAGAUUAGCUGGAUCAAUAUAGCGUAAGGACAUGGAGGUGUCAUUUUACUUGUCUCUUCUCCUGUCUGUGCUCUUGUGUUUUUGUGUUAAAGGGGUAUAGGGGUCCACAUUAAUGGCAGCUUCCUUAUGGUUUAUUGUAAAAGACUAUGUUCAUUGUUUCAGACAUUAGUAGUUUUCAAAAGAUAUGCUUCUUCAGUUUCUGUAAGUCUGUGAACAUGACCUGGGUUUGGAAAGCACAUUCUGGCUGUGUGUAUAAGCAUCUGCUUGUCUCAUAAAUCUGCAACAUGCCUUAAUCUGUAUCAUUCAACACUUGUAUAAUUUCAUGUAUAUAUGUUUAAAUUUGAAUACAGAUAAUCAAUAUUAACCACUCUGCAUGGAAUAGACAAGUAGAAUUAAAAAAAGGCAGUCAAAUCAAUUUAUGGGAUGUGAAUAUUGCUGAUGCAACUGUGCUGGACCUCACUAGUUAGGCAAGCCUCAGUUGUGUGUGUUUGUGUUGGACUGUGUGCCGCCAUCUUUACUUCCAACGUGGAACAUAUGGCGGGAGCAACCUCCUGUUACCAUAGCAACACAGUGUUUGCAAAAAAUAUGUUUUUUAUUCAGUUUCUGUGUCUGAAAAUGACCUGGGUUCAACGAGCACAAUCUGUGUGUGUGUUUGCAAUGACUAAAAUGCUUUUACAUUUGCUUAAUUAAUUUAGGCAUAAAAGAACACACAACGUGUGAACAUAUAAUAAUAUACAAAUAUGAGUAUCAAAUGCACUGGUGGUAUAUGUAAUGAGCAAGCUUCAUCCGAGCAGGUUUGACUUGUGGGCAACAUCCUUUUCUUCCGUGUGUGGAUACAGGAAGAAAGAGAGGAGAGAGAGAGAGAGAGACCCCAGAAACAGAGUGGAGAGAGAGAGAGAGAGAGAGAGAGAGAGAGAGAGAGAGACCGAGAGAGCAAAUAUACAGUUUGCAGGCGGUGGGCUUCUGCAGCCAGUCUGGUUUAGAAUGGGAGGCAUCAUUACCUACUGGGGAGGAGUGGAGACAGGCUGAUACGGCUACAGAUGACAAAGAGGAAUGUGAAUGGACUGUGAUUGUAGAUUGAAAACAAAGAGGUAUCUGGAUCUGGUGGUCUUAGUUGUCAUCUUGGGAAGAGGCUGUGGGUGUCUACCUGUGUGUCCGGCAGUAGCAGCGUAGUGCGAAGAGGUGUAGUCCACCGGCAGCCAUGGCAGUGAGUACGUGGCAGGCUCUAUCUCCACUGCAGUGGGCUCGCUGGGGCUGGGACACGCUGCUGGGAGGGGCAGGAGACAGGGACAGCCCGGGCUCGGAUCCGGCUUUGGGGCUCCUCCGGAGUUUCUCCUGGGGCUCACGUCAUGACAACAUGAUCAGCGCUGCCGCGGAGGCGGUCAGACAGAGGAGUUCAGACUCUGAUGGAGCCUUUGAGACCCCUGAAGCCACAACCCCAGUGAAGACUGUUUCUCCUAUAGAUCCCCGAACCCAGCAACUAACGUCUGAUGACAAAGUAGCAGACACAUCAGUCAGUCCUCCUGCCUCUGAAUUGGCUCCAGCUGAUGCCACAUGCCAUUCCCCGUCCAUUGUUUUUGAUGAGAACAAGCCCAUUGCAGCCAGUGGCCAAUACGAUAUCGAGUAUGGUGGAGAAUCAACAAGUCACACUCUGACCCGCUCACUCAGCUUCCAGGGAGGAGAACUAGAAAGUGCUGGUCUGUUGGACGGAUCCUCAGUGGGAGGCUUCCGUCCACAUUCUGAAUCCUUCAGCGUAGGUACCGAAAGUGCUCCAGGGACACUCCGCAGGCCCAAGAAAGGCCAUCCUGGGCCUGGGAAGAAGAACUCUAUUCUCAGACAGAACUCCAACCCAGAGAGUCCGAAGCCUGCCUCAUCCAGUAGCACCCCGGAGAUCAAGAAGCGCGCAAAGCCUCGAACUGCCAGCCCUCUUCAGCCUCAGGAGGAAGCAGAGGGAGGAUCUGCAACCCCCAGCCCUGGUGGAACCCUCCGCAGGACCAGGAAGAGCCGAGUGGAGACUCCUCCUUCCCUGCCAGAGGAAACCAACCUCACCAGCCAAGAGGAUAGCCUUGUCAUCCCUGCCUUACCUUUGUGCCAGGAGGAGACCCCUCUUGCGAGUAGUCCAACAGUUGGAGACGAAUCCCCCAUUCCCCCUAGUACGUCCUACAAAUGGGAUCCAGAUCAUUUUGAGGACAUCGAUCCUUUCAAUACUGGAGGUAGUAAAAUAGCCAAUUCUCCCGAUUUGGGUCGUAAAGGUCCUGUGUGUGCCCCCAUUGCUACCCCCCCAGAGAGUACCUCUGUCUCUUCUGUAGAGCCGGGUCCCCCAGCUCCUCUUCAAGAGCCAAUCACCAACCCUGAAGAGCAACCCAUAAUACCCAAGCGUCAGGCAGUAAGGCUGGAGUUUGACUACUCUGAGGAGGGCAGUGAGGCGUCACACCAGGCCUCUCCCCCACCCAAGAAAUUGGGCAAGAAGCCCGGUGCGAAGAUGCCUCUGAGGAAAUCAAAGCUGGGGCUGAAGAAGGCCCUUCAAGCGCAGACGGUGCCGCUGGACAACGACCCUCCAGCAACUCAAAAUGGCAACGAGGAGGAAAUCACUGCUCCUGCAGUCUCUUACAAGUUUGAACCUGAAAAGUGGGAUGAUCCCAACUUCAAUCCAUUUACUUCGAAGAAAGACAUUCCCAACUCCCCCAAGCGGUCCCAGCCAUCUUAUUCCUUUGACACCAAUAACUGUGAUGACUCUGAAGACCCUUUCAAAUCCUCCAAUAAGAUGUCAAACUCCCCUCCGAAGGCCUCCGCCUCCUUUGAACUGUCAUCCAAUGACUAUGACAAUGAAAAUGACAACGACAACAUUGGGGAACUGGAGGAUCAAAAUCAGAACAAACCUGGCAAGAAGAAGAAAACUCCUAUCAAAUCUAAUACUUUCAGAGUGAAAAGGUCGCCAAAGAAAUCCCCAUUGUCUAACCCAUUCCAGGAUCCUACGCCUGCAGAUGAAACUCCCUCCCUCCGCCCACAGGACGACCACGCCACAGACGAGGAGAAGCUGGCCUCCUCCACCAGCCACAAGUGGGCCGCCCUGCACAACAUGGAUGCAGAUUUGACCUCUGACCAGCAAGACUUCCCUCAGCCAUGCGACCUUACUUCCUUUGUUAAUGAGAACAGUCUUCCUCACCAGACUCCAGUGCAAGACUAUGAAAUUGAGUACAUGGAGAAGCUUGGCUCUGCUUCGCCUCCACUGUCUGUGAAGAAGCCGUCUUUGUACUUGAAGUUGGACUCAGUAUCUGACGGCUUAAGCAAGAAUACGUGUGCACAUGGAUCUGAGCCCAGCUCCCCCUGCACAGGGAGUUUUGAGGAGAUGGAGGCCCAGAUAACAGCGGGUAUGAAGACACCAGUGCUGAGCUCCCGGCCCGGUUCAGAGGGCUGCGCUGGCGACAAGGGCAGGAAGAGAGAGAGCGAGGCACUCAGCCGAACACAGAGCACAGAGAGGAAUGAGCAGUCCCCUUACCAGGGCCCUGUGGAGGCCCCUUCUCCUGUCCCGGCCAUGCCUCUGUUAGACAGACUGUCUGAGUGUGACGACCUCCUGCAGUACCUGGAGCCUGACCUGGCUGAGACCAACCCCACCGCAUUCGCCCAAAAACUACAGUCUCGACUCAAGAAACCCAGCACUCGGCGGUGGAAUAUCAACGGUUCACCCUUACUCAAACACAGAGACGUGUCUUCUCCUGUAGAGAGUGGCGUGUCCAAGAACUCACUGUACACCAGGACCAUUACCAGCUACAUCGAAGGGGAGACUCCCCACCUGCCCAGAGAACUGGACCAAUCGCUGGGAAUCGCCCAAGAGGAGAUCGUGACAAAGGAGAAAGAAGUGCUGGAGUGGCAGAGGAAGUAUGAAGACAGCCGACAGGAAGUGGUGGAGAUGAGGAGGAUUGUUGCUGAGUAUGAGAAGACGAUUGCACAGAUGAUAGAGGAUGACCAGAAAGAGAAGUCUCUCUCUCAUCACACCAUCCAGCAGCUUAUCAUGGAGAAGGACCAGGCCUUGUCCGACCUCAACUCCGUGGAAAAGUCUCUGGCCGAACUCUUCCGACGUUACGAGAAGAUGAAAGAUGUACUCGAGGGCUUCCGCAAGAAUGAAGAGGUUCUGAAGAAAUGCGCUCAGGAGUAUCUGUCCAGGGUCCGCAAGGAGGAACAGCGCUACCAAGCUCUGAAGAUUCACGCAGAGGAGAAACUAGACAAGGCCAAUGCAGACAUAGCUCAUGUGCGGGUCAAGUCCAAGCAGGAGCAGGCCGCCCACCAGGCCGGUCUGAGGAAGGAGCAGAUGAAGGUGGAAUCUCUGGAGCGCACUUUGGAGCAAAAGAACAAAGAGAUCGAGGAGUUGACAAAGAUCUGUGAUGAGCUGAUCGCCAAGAUGGGGAGGAGUUAGCGACAACACCACGCCCAGGCCAAAUCUCACAGAGAAGAGGAGGGGUCUUGGGAAGAUACAAAAGAAUAUUUUACACUCUUCCAAGGACUGAUGGACAUUUAAGGCCAAAAAAUGGUCUUGGGGUUAAAUUUCCGACUGACUUUGUGCAAACAGGAUCCACAGGAAUGACUUCCCCCUAAUCACUCUGUACAUUUUUGAUGUGUCAGUGUAUCAUACUGUAUCAGGGGUCUGGUUUAAAGUUUAAGAAAAUGUAUCAUAUCACUAAUGAGUGCAUCUGUGCGUGUGUGAUAAUGGAAAAAGCGAGAGCAUGGCUUAAAUGAUCUAUAAUGAUGUUGCCAUGACAGUCGCUGAGGGAGAAGACUGUUAACCCGUUCCUGUUGUUGUCUCCUCUUGAUACAAGAGAAAAGAUACGACUUUGAAAAAGAGUAAAAGAGAUUUAGAUUAAUUUAUAAAAUUGUUCAUACACCACUGAGAGAACACAAACGAUCACAAUAGGAAGAGAAAGGAGAACUCGUCAUAUUAUAUGUUUGUAUAUACUGUAGGAAAUUCCAAGUAUGAAAAAGAUUCAUCUGCAUAUUUGAUGGUUAUUCUGUUGUCCUCGGCACGCUUUCCUCAUGUAUCCUUGUAGAUAUUUGUCAUAGCUUUCUCGAUGAAAUUGUGCGACUAUUUUUUGGGAUUUUAUUUUGAUAUAAAGCAAACUAAUUGUGACCUUAUUCAGUCAUGACAGGAGUAAUUUAAUUGUGGAUGGAUAUGUCCUAGUUCUGCUGUGGUCGUUGUGUCACACUGAGGAAUAACCUUUCUGCACCGCUGCUGUACAGCAUCUGCUUACAAAGUGCAAUAAAAGAUGGCAAUACAG